AUUAAAUUCUCUGUCUCCAGAUUCUUCUUCUUCUUCUUCCUCUAGAAAUAUCUCACUCUCUUCGUGUUUGUUUUUCCUCAACAAUGGCGGCUUCUUCUACUUUCUCUUCACUACUAACUUCACCACCAGCACUUCUUUCCGACCACCGCUCUCCUCCGCCGUCCGUCAGAUUCUCUUUUUCCUCCUUAACUGUUCCAAAAUCGUCUCGUUUGGGUUUUACUGUAUCAGAGAGGAGAAAUCUCGCUGCGAAUUCGUCUCUCGUUGAGGUAUCUAUCGGCGGCGACCGAGACCCACCACCAUCAUCUGGAUCGGGUGGAGACGACAAGGGAAUUGCAUUACUCAAACUCAAAUUACUUAGUGUAGUUUCGGGAUUAAACAGAGGACUUGUGGCGAGUGUAGAGGAUUUACAAAGAGCUGAAGUGGCUGCUAAAGAACUUGAAACCGCUGGUGGACCGGUUGAUUUAACCAACGAUCUUGACAAGCUUCAAGGGAAAUGGAGGCUGUUGUAUAGCAGCGCGUUCUCGUCUCGGUCUUUAGGUGGUAGCCGUCCUGGACUACCCACUGGACGUUUGAUUCCUGUAACUCUUGGCCAGGUGUUUCAACGGAUUGAUGUGUUUAGCAAAGAUUUCGAUAACAUAGCAGAGGUGGAAUUAGGAGCUCCUUGGCCAUUUCCGCCACUAGAAGCCACCGCGACAUUGGCUCACAAAUUUGAACUCUUAGGCACUUGCAAGAUCAAGAUAACAUUUGAGAAAACAACUGUGAAGACAUCAGGAAACUUAUCGCAAAUUCCUCCGUUUGAUAUCCCAAAGCUUCCCGACAGUUUCCGGCCAUCGUCAAACCCUGGAACUGGGGAUUUCGAAGUCACCUAUGUUGAUGAUAACUUGCGCAUAACUCGCGGGGACAGAGGUGAACUUAGGGUAUUCGUCAUUGCUUAAUUCUCAAGCUUUGACAUGUAAAAAGAUAAAAUAAAUACUUUCUGCUUGUUGCAGCCUCAUGAGUUUUGUACAAAUCAUGUGAACAGGUGAAUCAUAUGAAUAAAUUGCAUGACUUAGA